AUGAAUUUCAACGAAGGAGACUCCGUUGAGAAAUUCAUGGAAGACUACCUUCGCUGUUUUGAUAAAGACAGCCAAUACAACGCAAAGAAGAUUGUGGAGAGAAUCUUGGAGACACAAGUAGAGACACUAGGUGAAGACGAUCCUUCUCUGGCCUUGGCACUCGCAUUCAAGGGAAUUAUGGGUAGAGUCUUCCUGCAACAAGAUGACGGUGCAGAAGCCGAAAAAGUAUUCCGAAAGAUUCUGGAUAUCAAUCGAGAAAUGCUGCCACACCAUGAUUCUGAUUUGAUGGAUGUGUACCAGAGUCUAGCGCUAUCAUUGAAAAUGCAAGACAAAUCUUCAGAAGCUACCAAGACGCAAAAAUUUGUACUUGCCACCCUUCUAAAGGAGCAUGGAGAAGAUCACCCUGGCGUUGUAAAAACGUACAUUGGCAUUGCGGGGCUGUUGCUAGAACAAGAUAGGUGGGACGAUGCUCUUCAGAUGCUCGAUGAAUGCAUAGAAAUUUGUUCUCGACCACGAAGACUAGGAGAGUUUAAAGGGUUAUUAUUAUCAGCGCUUCACGCUAAAGCAACAUCCCUGCUGGCACUAAGGAACUGUGAAGAUGCGACGGAGCUGUUCGCCCAAUUGCUAAUGAUGCACAAGGAAACGAAUGGCGAGUUUCACCCCGACACAGCAGAGGCCUAUGAAAAUCUUGCAGUGGCAUAUGUGCAACAAGAAAUGCUGAAGGAUGGCAUUAAGGCGUACACGAAAGCUAUCGGUAUUCGUCAAUCGUUGCUUAUGAGUGGUGAUCGCCACACAAAGCAGCUUAUGGAGACCCUCGAAUCGUUGAAGUGUGCGACAAAGGCGGAAGAAUUGACGAACAAGGGACUGGCAAUGAAGGCGCAAGGCAAUUCUGAAAAGGCGAUACAGCUCUUUCAAAUGGCGCUGGAUGUUUACAAGGGAAGAUUUAGAACUCAUCCCAAAUGGGCAGCAGUUUAUGAGAAUAUUUCGGCUGUCAAAGUGGAACAGGGUUUGCUGGAAGAUGGCAUUGCAGCGAGUGCGGAAUCCCUGAAGAUGUAUCGUAGAGCAGUUGGGGACGAUCAUCCUGGCACGAAGAAGCGUAUGGAAGAGCAUCGAUCUUUGCUGAAACGUCUCUUGGAGAAUCGGAGUUAA